AUGGCGAGCAUGGAAGUGCAGAAUGCCCCAGGGAAGCAUUUAUUGGCAAGGGACACAGAGAAGAUCAUGUGCUCCUGGUGCACACUGGAAUGUUCAGGAUACUAUGCUGAUCAAUUAUCAACUGGACAAGAAAUAAGAGGGAAUGUCACGGUCAAGGUGAAAAAUAAAUCAAAAGGUUUUCAUCUCAACAAUUUAAGUUAUGCGGGACCUAUCGUCAUGGGUGUUGGAGGUUUCAUUGUAGUAGCAGCCUGCGUAAUGACCUUUGAAGCUCGUGAUAGUGCUGCUAAAGUAGUACCAGCACGUUUUCGUUUUAGUCAAGGUUCAACAUUAAAAUAUGCUCGUAAUCAACGACCACGUCGUUCAACAUCAAGUCAAACAAGUAAAUGGGAUCAUCAAUUGGGAUUAUUUCGUAUCAAUAAAACACCAAGUCCAAAUGCAUAUGAAAUAUCACGUAAACAAUUAACAGCUGAAUUUUUACGUUUUUCAAAAAAUUUAAAUGAAAAAAAUAAUCCACAAAUAAAUACAAUUAAAAAAAGUCCAAGUGCACCAUCAUUAGUCACAAAAAAAUCACCACUUAAAAAAAAACAAACAACAAAAUAUUCUGGUUGUUCAUUGUUAAAUCCAGAAUUAUUAAAAAGACAUGCAUUAUCAGUUGAUAAUCCAGGCUAUAGUCCAACAAAAUCAAGAGAUAAUAAUGAUAAUAAUAAUAAAAUUAAUGGUAGCCAAAUGUCAAUGGCAAUGGAUCUUUAUUUACCAAAUAAAGGACCAGUUACACUUAAAAUUAAAGACAGAUCAGACACAGCAAGACGUCAUCAAUUAUUAAGACAAACUAAAAUUGAGGACAUGGAAGAAGAAGAAGCUAAAAGACAAGCUUCAAUAAGACGACAUGCUGAAUCAGUGGCAUAUAUGAUGGGAGCAUAUGCAAGAUAUCCAACAGAUUUUGUAUCAAGAAAAAGAGCAUCAAUUGAUUUAAGACUAACUGAUGAGUAUGGUGCAAUUGGUGUACUUAGUAAAGGUAAUUCACCUCGAGAUUUGCGAAAAACAUCACAAAAUUUUCGUCAAAUGUCUGUUGAUAGAUCAUCAAGUCUUCGUAAAUCAAGUAUUGAUUUUCGUAAAAGUCCAGAUUUUCGUCGUUCUGAUAACAAAUACAUGAUGGAUGAAGUUGAAAUACGAUCAAGAUCUAAUACUGGUGAAAGUAAUCGUAAAGCACGUCACAAACUUCAUCAUUCAAAAUCAGAUGAAUCAAGACGAAAAUCCUUGGAUCGUCAUAAUCGUCGUGAUUCACAUCAAGAAAGUAGACAUUCAUUAAAUACACCAGUUGUCAUUGAGACUUGUGGUCCAGAGUAUGAGCUUAAAUAUUUUACACCAAAUUCAAUUGACAAAGAUAAUGCUUCAAAUACAACUGAAGACAGUCAUGUUAUUGAAAUUGAAGAGACAGAAAUUCAUAUUACAACUGCUUCAAUUGAGGAUUAUCCAAAUGAUAAUGCACUUGUUGAAGAGCCUGAGCUAGAAACUAUUAAUGACAAUGAAAUUGAUGAAAAAUUAUCCAACAAAAUUAUUGAUGAUGAAAAAAAUAAAAAUAAAUAUAUCGAUGAAUAUAAUUCAAAUGAACCGACAAUUAAUAGGGAGGAAGAUAGUCAAGGUGAAUGUAGAGUGUUGGAAAGUGUAUAUAGGAUGUCGUCCGAACGAUUUCACAAAGCAGCAAGAGAUGGAGCACUGGAAAUAUUGAAAGAGGCUACAAAAAAAGAUUGUAAUACAAGAGAUGAUGGGGGAAUGACCCCAACAUUGUGGGCAGCCUUUGAAGGCCAUAUAGAUUCACUAAGACUGCUGGUCGCCAGGGGGGGAGAUCCAGAUAAAACUGAUUAUUUUGGUAAUACAGCACUUCAUUUAGCCGCAGCACGUGGACAUGAAUAUUGUGUAAAAUUUUUAGUUAAAUUUGGAUGUAAUAUAUGGUCAUUAGAUAUUGAUAGACAUUCAGCACGUGAACUAGCAGCAAUUAAUGGAUGUGAUAGUAUAUUACAAUUUUUGGAUAUUGCACAAACUGAACAAGAAACAUUAAACAGAAAAAAAUGUAAAAUAUUACGAGAAAAAGCAGAAAAAGAUGCUGAAAAAAGAUUAAAAGACUAUGUUAAACAACAAAAAAUAGCAGAUAUACGUGCUGAGAAGGAGCAAAAAAAAUUACUAAAAGAUCGUGCAAAAAUGGAUAUUGAAAUGUUAAAUGAACACAAUGUAUUACCACAUAGACCGAGUAUUUUGACUUUUAAAGGAAGAGUUAAACCAUCACAAACAUUUAGUGAUAUUGUUGGAACACUGUCAACAGCAUCAAGUGCAACAUCAAGAAGACGUGGUAAUGGUGCUGUCAGUAGAAAAGCACUUGCUAAAAAAGCAGUUGAUGAUUUUAAAGUUGUUGAGAUUGAAGGAGAUGGUAGAAAAUCAGUAAGAAGUUUAACUGGUCUUAGAAGAGACUCAGAAGUUAUGUAUGUUGGAACAUAUGAGACCCAAGCACAACAAAUGGGUAAAAGAGGAAAAAUAUCAGAUGUUUGGGGAACUCUGAGUAAGGCUCAAAGUACACCUGAUUUAUUGGGUGAUCGGGACUACGAUAAUGAUGACGAUGACGAUGAUGAUAAUGAUAAUCAUCAAAUUAAAAAUGUCGUACAAGAAGCUGUAUUAUUUCAAGAACCAGCUAGUAUUUUUAAUAGACCCGGAUUUGGUUCUGUUGCAUUUAGACGAGCUAUAACAUCAACAUUAGAUAAUUUGCCAGUAUCACAAAUAAAUAAUCAACAAAAAAAUAUAUAUCCAAAUGAAUCAACAGAUGGAUCAGUUAAUUGUCGUAAAAAUAAUAUUCAUAAUAAUGAAGAAAUAAGUAUUGGUAGUGCUGGAAGUCUUGCAAGAAGACAAAGUAUGUGGGAUGAUGAUCGUUUAUCUGGUGAAGAUGAAACUGAUGAAACUGAUGAAGAAUGGACACCUUUACAAAGAUUUCUUGUUGCUAAUAAUUUAACAUCCAUACAAUUAAUUCUUGAAGCUGAACAAAUUGAUCUUGAAGCAUUGAUGUUACUAACAGAAAAUGACAUAGCUGCAUUAAAUCUUCCUCUUGGACCAAGAGCAAAACUUAUAAAUGCUAUUGCAAAUCGUAAAAUUGCACUUGCAACUGAAAAUAUUAUAAAAGACAGCAGAUUAUAAAAAAAAAAAAAA